AUGGCAAGCUUAAAUCAAAUAGAACGCAAAGUAGUCUUCGAUCGUGCGUUCGGAACGCUCAGUGGCGGAGAAGUCGAAGCCAGCUUGUACGUCGCUCCUUGGGACCGUGAGCGCUACGUGCGCCAAAUCCAUAUCACCGGCGAGCGUCUCCAAUUAUCCGACGAACAUGGUAUCGGAUGUACAAUGGUCUCCUUGACUGUCCCCGGGAUUCAGGGCAUUGCGGACAAGACCGAGGCGGGGAAGACAGCAACUCUGGCGAACAACUGGAUCACAGAGCAAAUCAAGGAGCACCGAGACCGCUUGGGAGCUUUUGCCUGCCUGUCAAUGCAUGAUCCUGUUCAGGCUGGGCAGGAGCAUCGCCGAUGCGUCAAGGAUCUCGACUUUACGGCGCUUUGCUGUGUGAUUACCAACAUGUCGUACGAUACCUUUUGGAAGGUCCUCAUGGGGCCCGACAUUCCCCUUUAUACCUACCCUGCAGCACCUGCCGAUGUGAUCCUGGAAAAAUUGUACAGUCAGCGUCCAUUAUUGAUCGGAUCAACUCUAUCUUUCGCUAAUGGAGUGAGUCUGGAUGCUCUGGGAUUGAUCGGCAAUGGCGUCUUGGACCGAUUACCCACAGUUAAGGUUAUCAUCGGUCAUCUGGGAGAACUCAUUCCCUUUGACUAUUGGCGUUUAAGCCACUCGUUCGAGGAUGUAGAGAAGCCCAUUGCUGAAGAGAAGGGCAAAGUCCUGUGCAAGAAUACCGUUUAUGAUUAUUUUAAGCAGAAUAUCUGGACCACCAGCGGACACUUUUCUACGGCGACACUCAAGUAUGUGGUGGACGAGAUAGGCACCGACCGCGUCCUCUUCAGCAUCAACACCCAUAUGAGACCAUCGAAAAUGGCUGUGGCUGGUGGGAUAAUGGUGUGA